AUGGCAAACCCACGAUUCAAGAUGGCUGCGCCCAUGAGAACGUGAUAUCGUGUAAACUGUCUGCACGGUAUGUGCUACAGUAUUGAUUGUUCAAGUUGCAGAUCGGCUUCCCCGAGGUUACUGGAAACUUGAGAAGAUGCAGACGCCUGAAAUGAAAUUUGAUCUCGUCCAAACUGGUUGUCAUGGAGGUGUGGAAGUCGUCCCGGUAGAAACCACAGAUCACCAGUGUGUUUUGCCUCGAAAGACUCUGCCUUGUGGGCUGCCGCCCGUACUGCCAACCCUACAAGAAGAGCUGGAGCACUACCUCACUUGUCCUGAAAAGCUGCCAGUUCAUGACGUCCUCCGAUCUCAGCAGUUCUGGCCAAGAGAAAGAAAACCUGAACGUUUGUUGUCAAUAGAUGUUUGUCCAGUACAGACCACCAUACAAGUAGAACGGAAUGCUACGACAGGACAGCUCCUGGGGUACAAGGAGGAAUAUAUUCCAGACACUGGUAAAACUGCUAACAACUCUUUAUCCUUGAGACGGCCCCCCGGGCCAGCGAGUCAGGAUGUGAAGGGCAACACAGGGAACUACCCCUUCUGGCCAGGAGGCCUGGAUGAGCCUGAGCUGGAGGCUGUGGAAGGUGGAGUUGAAACUGCUGUUGUGGAGUUUGAGAAAGAUUUGCUCACAGUUCCGCCAGGUAUGAAGGCUGGAAUGACAUUUGAGACAUCGGAAAAAAAUACUCAUAAUGCUGAUGUCAUCAAUCUGGCGGACAUUUUGGCUGGCGGAGACGACCUUGACCUUGGUGACAGUGAUGAAGAAACAGAACCACAGGGAAAAGAAAAGGAAUCUGCUGCCAAGGCCCCUGCCGACUCGCUGACCAGGAGUGAAAGCUUGGAGAACUUAGUGCAGGUGGAGAAAUCAGGUGCCCCCGUUCUUCCCGCUCCCCGCCCGGCGGAGGUGAAGGAGCAGUGGGCUGUCAAAGUGGACAUCAACCAACCAGUCGACGACUUCUACAAGAGAAUACCAGACAUGGCUUAUAAGUGGCCAUUUGAGCCGGACAUCUUCCAGAAGCAGGCCAUCCUUCAUCUUGAGAAACAUGAAAGUGUCUUCGUGGCUGCCCACACCUCCGCUGGGAAGACCGUGGUGGCAGAGUACGCCAUCGCUCUCUCUCUCAAACACAUGACCAGAACUGUGUAUACAUCCCCCAUCAAGGCGUUAUCCAAUCAAAAGUUCCGAGACUUCAAGACCACGUUCGGUGAUGUCGGCCUCGUGACGGGAGAUGUACAGUUGAAUCAGACAGCUGCGUGUCUUAUCAUGACAACCGAGAUUCUCCGGUCGAUGUUGUACAAUGGGUCUGACGUGAUACGUGACCUGGAGUGGGUAAUCUUUGAUGAAGUCCACUACAUCAACGACUCCGAGCGUGGCGUUGUGUGGGAGGAGGUGUUGAUCAUGCUGCCGCAGCACGUUAACAUCAUCUUGCUGUCCGCCACAGUCCCAAACACCAUGGAGUUCGCUGACUGGAUUGGUCGUAUCAAGAGGAAGAAGAUCUACGUGAUCAGCACGCUGAAGCGACCAGUGCCCCUGGAGCACUUCCUGUACACAGGCAACAGCAACAAGACCAGCAACGAACUCUUCCUCAUUGUCGACUCAAAGGGACAGUUUGUCACUCAGGGAUAUAACAAGUCGGUAGAGGCCAAGAAAGAACGUGCCAGCAAAUCGUCACAAAGCUUUGGGCCUAAGGGGACAAGGGGAGGCAACCCUGCACAGGACAAGAAUGUGUGGCUGUCGCUGAUCGACAUGGUGAAGAAGAAGGAUAAGCUGCCAAUGGUGGCCUUCACCUUCUCUCGGAAGAAGAUCGAGGAAAAUGCAGACAAGCUGAGCAGCGUUGACCUGACAACACAGAGUGAGAAGAGCGAGAUCCACAUCUUCUUCCAUCGAUGUGUGAGCAAGUUGAAGCCCCCCGACCGCAACUUGCCGCAGAUCAGGAACAUGGAGGACAUCUUGAAGAGAGGGCUCGGCAUCCACCACAGCGGGAUCCUGCCCAUCCUCAAGGAGGUGGUCGAGAUGCUGUUCCAGAAAGGCCUUGUCAAGAUCCUGUUUGCCACCGAGACAUUUGCUAUGGGCGUGAACAUGCCGGCCAGGACCGUGGUGUUCGACUCAAUACGGAAACACGAUGGAACAAAAUUCCGCGAUUUACUGCCGGGAGAGUACAUCCAGAUGGCUGGGCGGGCGGGACGGCGUGGUCUGGACACGACAGGAACAGUCAUCAUACUCUGCAAGGGAGAUGUCCCUGAAGUCUCCGAUCUGCACAGCAUGAUGCUGGGCAAACCAACAAAGUUAGAGUCUCAGUUCCGCCUGACGUACACGAUGAUCCUGAACCUGCUGCGGGUCGAGCAGCUGCGAGUGGAGGACAUGAUGAAGAGGAGCUUCUCCGAGUUUCACGCUCAGAAGGAUGCCUCGAAACACAGGGACGCCAUUCAGCAGCUGGCCAAGAAGGUCAAGGACAUUCAGGAGGUGGAGUGCUUCAUGUGUUCUAUCGACCUUGAGAACUACUUCAAGUCGUGGGUGGAAUAUCAUGACCUACGGAAGAAGCUGCAGAGCGUGGUCCUGACCCACCCGGCAGCCAUUAAAGCAUUGUCUGCAGGUCGUGUGGUGGUCAUCGACAACUCAAGUCACAGGAACACACUGGGUGUUGUGCUUCAGUCAAGUAUGGGGCAGAAUAACGACAGAAUAUUUACUGUGCUUAUUGUUUGUGAAAAACAUUACAGUGAGGCUGCUCACAAUGAUAAACACUCUGCCGAGGCAUCGCCAAUCCUGUCUCGGCAACUGUUUCAACCCGAGGGUCCAUGUUGGCAUGACGUUGUGAAGGUGAAGGGUGAAGAAAUUAGUGUUGUGACAACAAAGACACUGAAGGUGGAUCCAACCAAAAUAAUUAAUGAUGUACAGAAACGACAACAACUCAGAUUUAAAGAUGAUCCCCCCGGCCAGUCUGUUUCCAUGACAACCCAGGAGUUGCUGCGACUGACAGAAGCUAAUCUGUCUGGUAUGAGUGGCCUUGACCCCGUGAAAGACCUUCACCUUCGCGACAUCAGUCUCGUUGAGCAGUUCCGGUCACUGCAGUUCCUUGAAGAGAAUCUAAGAAAAUAUCAGUGUAUCAACUGUCCCAAGUUUGAAGAUCAUUUCCACCAUGUCCAGAAGAACAUGUCCAUACAAGCCGAGUAUGAGAACCUCAAGUACCUGCUGUCUGACCAGAGUCUCACCCUGCUGCCGGAGUAUGAGCAGAGGAUAAAGGUAUUACAAGACUUGAACUACAUUGAUGCUAACAACGCAGUCCAGUUGAAAGGUCGUGUGGCAUGUGAGAUCAGCAGCAACGAGCUGAUGAUCACGGAGCUGGUGUUUGAGAAUGCCCUUACCGACCUCCACCCGACAGACAUCGCUGCUCUCCUCUCCUGCAUGGUGUUCGAGCAGAAGAAGUGCAGCGAGCCCAACCUCACGGACACCCUCAAAAAGGGCCAUGAGCGGAUCCUGGAGAUUGCGGAGCGUAUCGGUCAGUUGCAGAGGCAACAUGGGAUGGUAGUACCAGUGGAGGACUACAAAGCCACCUUCAAGAUCGGCAUCAUGGAAGUCGUGUUUGAGUGGGCGAGAGGCAUGCCAUUUGCGGAGAUUACCGACCUGACUGACGUCCAAGAAGGGAUCAUUGUGCGCUGUAUACAGAGACUGCACGAGACGCUGCGUGACGUGCGGAACGCAGCCAGGAUUAUUGGGGACCCUGUGCUCUUCCAGAAGAUGGAGGAGGCCUCCGCGAUGAUCAAGAGAGACAUUGUGUUUGCUGCCAGCUUGUACACUCAGUGAUGUUUCCAGAGGUUAAGGGGGCGGUGGGGUAGCCUUGUGGUUACAACGUUUACUCGUCACACCAAAGUUCUGGGGUUGAUUCCCACAUCGGUACAACCAAAGCAUGAAGCCCAUUCACUGGCUCCAGGGUGUUAUAAUCUUCAUGGCAUAAAAUGUGGCUGAUGCUUAGACAAUGCUGACCUAUGAAUAAUGCUGGGAUUUCAUCUAUAGACCUUUUGUUUUUACCAGGACUGUAAUUUAGAAUGUUGUUGAAGUUAUCUCCCUUUGUACAGCUUACUGUAAUUGGCCGAGCAGUUGUCUUGUAUAAAGCGUUAUUCACUUGUUGGUGCUAUCCCAUGGUGCACUGCACAGUUAUGUAUAUGUAACAACAAAUACAGACUAUGUAUCUUGUUGUCUCGGUCACAAAUACUGUUUCGUGAAAGUUUAUGAGAAUGAACAAUAGCCUAUCAAGCUGCGAUGCCUUUUCAUUCAAUCUUUGAAAAAUGUUGAAAAGCUUAAUUAAAGUCCUGCCUCGUUCUUUCUAUAUAUCUUUCUAUCACUGAUGGGUCUGAGGGUAAAAUUGUACAUUUUAAGUUAUUUUGCUGUUUUGGGGGUAAAGUAAUGAUUUUAGUCAUGUGUUAUUAGCAAUCCUUACAUUAGUUUAGAGCUUAUUUUGUGUUCUAUUAUGGUAUGUAUGGCCUUGAAAUCUAUAGUUAGAGUCUUGAAAAGACAUUAAAUGACCUGAAUUUGGGCAACAGAAACUUAGUAUGAAUCAGGAUAUAAUUUUGAAGAUGUUCAUGUUUGGAGAAUUUAUUUACAAAAUAAUGUGAAGCUUGUUACCUUUUUUUUAUGUCUUGACGGAAGUCACUAAAAUAUUGUGGAGUUUCGCAAUUUGUUUGGUAAUAUCUCAUUACUUUGAGUUACAAAAACCUAAACAUUGUUAUACAUGUUGUAAGAGAGUUUGGAUGUGUGGAUGUUUUAGAUAAAACAAGAAGCAUUUCCUUAUGCGAAAAACACCAAAGUCAGUAAUAAGUUCCCCUUUUUUUCGAUCACAAAAGCCACCAAUAUUAAAGAUCCUCAAUUGAGUAAGAUUAAUAGCUGAAAGAUGUCAGACUGAUAAAUGUGCUUUCUCUUCCCCCCUUUUUUUUAAAACAUACUUAAGUACAAGAGCAGGUAAGUCGUCCUGUGCUGUGUGAUAUAUGUCGCUCGUCCCUGUGUACUUCACUGUGAUAUCGAUGUGAUGGUCCAACAUUGUAACACUUGUGUACUGAAUGUGUACACCAGGGAAUAAAUGUCAUAACGUC